GCGACAAGUUUUUAUUACUGCUCUCUGGGCACACUGCAGGCCAACCAACAAUUGCAUUAGAUUUUAAAAAGUUACUCUUAUGAAAUUUAUUAACACAGACUAAUUUCGAAAUUCACACCAAGGGUCAAGGGUCUAUGACCAGUCAGCGAAAGGGGUUACCCGAACAAAACAGCACUCAAACCAUAAGCUUGCCACUGGCAAUCCUGAUGCCAAACUGGCACACACGGGGAACAGCAUGCGACGCAAUAACUAUCCCUACCAGCCCCUGAACCAGCAGCCAUCUGGAUCAGGUCCCGCCAAUCAUGAUUCCUUGGAGGCGGAAAAUGAACUGGCGGCCGAGGAGCUGAAACAGAAGAUCGGUGCCCUCAAAUCCCUGACCAUAGAUAUAGGAAAUGAAGUCCGUUACCAGGAUAAGUUGUUGCGCGGCAUCGACGAUGAUAUGGAUAGGACAAGUGGCUUCCUGGGGAAUACAAUGACGCGGGUAGUACGGCUGGCCAAGCAGGGCGGCGGACCCCGCCAGAUGUGCUACAUGUUCCUUUUCAUUCUGCUUGUUUUCUUCAUCCUUUGGAUUACCCUCAAGUUUAAAUAGUUUUUUUUGUUUCCUAAAAUAUAUACUAACGUAUUUUUAAUGA